AUGUCUCGCCAGGACUUGGCAGAGCACAGGGAGGAGGGCACAGGGAUGCUGCCGGCCCCGGAGGUGAUGCCGCGGUGCAGAGAGAGGCUGGGAAGGGCAUCGGCUGUUCCAAACCUCCGCAGAUACUCGGAAACGGCACCGGUGGUGCCAAAACCUUUGGGAACGGCGCCGGCGGUGGCCCCGGACGCGCUGCGUGGUACCCCGAAAGCAAACUUGCUCUCUGAGGAGGGAUGCGCAGGAGGAGCGCCGGGAGGGAUGGAGGGGCAGCUCCUCCGGGGGUCCCCCCAUCACCCCCCGGCGUGGCUCGUUAGCCCCGCCCCCGCCGCGCUGCGCGCCGGGAGCGGAAGCGGCGGCCGCGUGGCGGAGGCAACAUGGCGGCGCCCGGCAGGAGAGGAGGAUGAGGAUGAGGAAGAAGAGGAGGGCGGCCGGGCUCGCAGCAGGAAGGCGGCCGAGGGGCUGCAGGCACGGGCGGGCAGGAGGAAGGGAAAGGCAUCUGAACACAAAGAUCAGCUCUCCAGGCUGAAGGACAGGGAUCCCGAGUUCUACAAGUUCCUGGAGCAGAACGACCGCAAGCUGCUGGAUUUUGAUGCCUCAGACAGCUCUGAGGAGGAGGAGGCUCUGCACAGACCCCCUGAGACACUGGAGGAAGCCAGUGACGAAGAUGAAGAUGAUGAAGACGAAGAACAAGGAAAAGUCAAAAGGAAGAAAGUUUCCCUCAUCCAUGUGAGCUUGAAAAUGGUGGAGGAAUGGAAGAAAGCUGCCCAGAGGAAUCUCACCCCAAAACUCUUCCAUGAGAUCACCCAAGCCUACAAGGCAGCAGUGGCCACCACCAAAGGGGACAGUGGUGGUGACCCCAGCAAGUUCCAGGUGACUGACACUGCAGUGUUCAAUGCCCUGGUGUCCUUCUGUAUCCGGGACCUCUUCCAGCACCUGCACAAGCUGCUGCUCCCCAAAGCCCCCAAGAACAAACUCAAAAUGGUUCUCCCUUCCACCAGCCCCCUCUGGGGAAAGCUACGACUGGACAUCAAAGUUUAUCUUGGCUGUACCAUCCAGCUGCUGUCCUGCCUGACUGAGGCCUCAGUGGGUGCAGCAGUCCUGCAGCACGUCAGUGCCACAGUUCCCUAUUACCUGUCCUUCCCCAAGCAGUGCCGGGCCCUCCUCAAGCAAACCAUCACUCUGUGGAGCACAGGGGAGGAGACAGUCAGAGUCCUGGCCUUCCUGGUGCUCAACAAGAUCUGCAGGUACAAGAAGGAGGUUUACCUCAGCCCCCUGCUCAAGCAAAUGUACAUUGCCUUUGUGAAGAACUGCAGGUUCACCUCUCCCAACGUGCUGCCCAUGAUCAGCUUCAUGCAGCGCACGCUGAGCGAGAUGCUGGCGCUGGACACGCACACCUCCUACCAGCACAGCUUCAUCUACAUCCGCCAGCUGGCCAUCCACCUGCGCAGCGCCAUCACCCUCAGGAAGAAGGAGAACUUCCAGUCAGUCUAUAACUGGCAGUACAUCCACUGCCUGCACUUCUGGUGUCGAGUUCUCAGCACCAUCCACCCCAGUGAGGUCAUGGAGCCCCUGAUCUACCCCUUGACACAGGUCAUUAUUGGCUGUAUCAAGCUGGUGCCAACAUCUCGCUUCUUCCCCCUGCGCAUGCACUGCAUCCGAGCCCUGACCCUGCUGUCCCAGAGCACCAACACCUUCAUCCCCGUGCUGCCCUUCAUCCUCGAGGUUUUCCAACAGGUGGAUUUCAACAAGAAGCCAGGACGGAUGAGCUCCAAGCCCAUCAACUUUGCUGUGAUCCUGAAGCUCUCCAAUGCCAACCUGCAGGAAAAGGCCUUCAGGGAUGGACUCAUUGACCAGCUCUAUGACCUGAUGCUGGAGUAUCUGCAUGGCCAAGCUCACAGCAUUGGCUUCCCAGAGCUGGUUCUCCCCACUGUCAUCCAGCUGAAAUCCUUCCUGAAGGAGUGCAAGGUUGCCAACUACUGCAAACCCAUCAGGCAGCUGCUGGAGAAGGUGCAGGAGAACUCGGCUUACAUCUGCAGCAGGAGGCAGAGAGCAGCUUUUGGUGUGGCCAGCACAGGGGCUGUGGAAGAGUGGGAGAAGCAGGUGAAGGAGGAGGGGACACCCCUGAGCAAAUAUUACACCCAGUGGAAGAAGCUGAGAGAGAAGGAGAUCCAGCUGGAAAUCAGUGGCAAGGAGAGGCUGGAAGAUUUGAACUUCCCAGAAAUCAAGCGCAGGAAGCAGGAGGAGAGAAAGGAGGAGGACAAGAAGGAAUUCAAGGAUCUCUUCGAGCUGGACAGUGACUCUGAGGAGGAGAAUGGUGGAUUCUCUGUGAAAGGCACAGGCAGAGCCGGGCAGGCCUCAGAUGACAGCUCCGAAGCCAGCAGCAAGGAGUUUGGGGAGGAGGAUGAUGAUGAAGAAGGAAAUUACGAGGUGGAGGAGGACGAGGAAGAGCUGGAAGAGGAGAGCGAGUCAGAGGCAGAGGAAGGAGCCCAGGAUUCCCAGAGGAGGAGGAGCUGCCCCCGGGCUCUGUCCCGCUCAGACCUGGAGCAGCUGGCCCAGGGUGGGGCUGACCUGGUGCAGGACCUGCACUUUUCUGACGAGGACUGAGCCCUCCCACCCCUCUGCAGCCUGAGCUGCCCCUGCAGCUGCUGCCAGGGCCAGGGGCACAGCUGGCACCAGCCCCAGCUGCCCCCAGCACCCCUGGCUGCCACAGCCUGCACCUUCCAACUCAGCCUGCACCUUCCAACUCAGCCUGGACUUUCCACCUUUUUCUACCAGUUCUGGUUUUGGUACCAAUAAAACCCUGGCCAGGAAUAACUGCUGAGCAGAGGGAAUAAAAGCCCCUCGUUAAAAUCUGCUGCUUUCCAUAGCACUGGGUUCAUUUCCAGCUCCUGCCAAGGGAAGGGUGAGGUCUUUGUCCAAGGUUCCUCCUCUCUGCCCCAGCAGCACCCCAGAUUUAGCUCUGGGGCUCUCACUAAUCCUCCCUGGUGCCCAAAAUCCUAAAGGACUGCAGGGACUCUUCAGAGCUUUGUAGCUUCUGUGGAAGCUUUGAGCAGCUCAAGCUGCUCAAGGAAACCUGAAAUUGAAGUUUCUUGGGUUGGGGAUGUUGUACAAGCAUGAAGGAAUAAAGACAAAAAAUGCUCAUGGUGAGAACUGCACCACCUUAACUGUAAAGAAAAGAUUCUCACUUUGUAAAAGAUUUUAACUUCCCUGUUCUUCCCAAGGAGAAAGGAAUUCCCUUUUUCUCCUGGCCCAGGUGGGCACCCAGGAAAGGAAGGACAGACAGUGCUUGGGUAAAGCCAGGUACCAUUUGUAAAUUAAGUGUUUUUCUUUUUUAUUUAAAUUGAUUGCUGGAAAGCAUUUUUUUUAUCGUGAUGUGAUGGAUAAUGAUUUUUUUUUCUUUUUUUUUUUUUACAAUAUAAAGAAGCUAAAGUACCACCAAAGCUAUUCUGUAAGAAAAAACGGCAGCACGUGCAACGUUUAAACAAAAAACAAACCCCCCAAAAAAAAAGGGGAUUGGGGGAGGGGAGAGAGAAAAGUACCACAUGUGAUUGUUGUUCACAACUGUACAAGUCACAGGAGGUCACCCCCAGGAGUUCCCAGCUCAUUCACAGUAGUAAAAACUCAUUGUUUGCCCAUUGUCUGCAGGCCAGAAUGUGCAAUAAUCCAUCCACCUCUGCAGCAGGGCUGCAAAUAAACCACCCCCAGCUGCAGCAGUGGGGCCGGGACCCCUCCCCUCCCCCAGAGCAUCGCUGCUGCUCCUGGAAACCAAAAUCCCGAACGGCCCAGGCUGCCUCUGCACCAUCCCAAAAGUAAACAUGGACGGGAACUUGCCAUUUUUUUUUUUUCUCUGUCUCUUUUUUUUUUGUCUUUUUAUCCUUUUUUUUUUUUGUUCUGUCUUUGGUAUUGUUUUCAAAGUCGCUAGAGAUGCAUAGAGAUGCACACACCUGAAUGAGGAACUGAGCCCAGCUGGCAGGGAGGAGGAGAGCUCCGGGAAGGGGGCUGGGCUGGGCGGGGAUGAGUUUUUUGUGGUUUGGUGUUUUUUGUUUUUUUGCUCCAAGUACCGGUGGGAGGAGCAGGGCCCUUCCCUUCGCUGUGGAGUCACACCCGGAGUUCUGCAGGCACAGAGAGCCUGUCCGUGGUUCUGUCCGUGACUCUGUGAUUCUGUCCGUGAUCCUGUCCGUGGUUCUGUCCCUGAUUCUGUCCGUGGUUCUGUCCGUGAUCCUGUCCGUGGUUCUGUCUGUGAUUCUGUCCAUGAUCUG